AUGGCAGAUUCAUCUAUGAACUCAUUGGCAAUGGCUUCAACUAAUGAUGAUGUUCCAAUAAAGCUCGAGACGUCUCAAAACCUCCCAUUCUCUCCUCAAUUGUCUGCAUUAAAACGAAGAGUAUCAUUAUCAGAGUUAGAAUCACCAGAAAAGAGGCAGAGGAUUGAAUUCGAAUCAGCGCAACCACAACUUUCCAUCCCCGAUUCCGCCAAUGAAAUUGUCGCCAUACCACCUGCAGAUGAUGUAGAUGAUGGUCUGGGGGAUCUCGAUAUCGACGCUAUCAUUGCCUCUGGUGUUGCUCAUGUCUCUGCAGAGUACCAAGACGCGGGAACUAUGGAAAUGAAUGAUCAUACCUCCCAUCAAGACCAGUCGCAUGAAGCCAACCUAAGUACACUUUCUCCCCCAAAGACUCCUCAUGCUCAAGUUCGACAACCGAACAGUCGCGCCGCCUACGAACGACUCCGUACCGAUCAUCAACUGUCUCUGCAGGUGAUCAGUUUAAUGUCAUUGGAAUGUUUGGCUGUGCAAAUGUUAAACAUUCUUUCCGAAGGAGGAUACGAUGAGAUAGUCGUCAUGGUAACGCAAAGAGAUACCGCUCGUGGGCUGUCAUUCCAAACAUUGAACGAUCUCUUCGAUAAAACAAAAAGAAUUUAUGGAACUUCAACUUUUCUUUCUGCCGACGAACUCAAUAUCAUAGAUCCAGCUCAACGAGAGAUUAUCAGACUUGCAAAUCAUGCGACUUUUGUGUCCAGCGUAUUUGGCGGACAAGAGGUUGGAUUUUAUGAACUCAAUGAACAUUUCGUCAACACCUGGACUCGGGAAGGAGAGGCCAUAUCGAAAGCAUCGGGACAAUUGCUCAUGAACUUGAAGACACAAAUCAUUGUUGCAGCAUUAUCAAUGGAGGAGUCAGACAAACCUGUUGAAGACCUUAUCGAUGAGAUAUUCUCUCCAGAGUUCCGGAAUCUUCUCUCCCAAAGACAUCCCUAUCCUCUCACAGAUGAUGAGCUGCAACUACUUGUUGAUUUAGAUAUCAGAAGAGUAUAUUUGAUCAACCAAGGAAAUGAUCCCGCCAAAAUUAAGGAACUUAGCGAUCUCUUCAACUGGGACUCAUUUCUAAGAUCCACUCAUAUUCAUAUGGAUGCUUAUAGGCCAUUGGUGGAACCUUAUAUGUCUAAAUAUGGGCUCACGAUCCCCACUUCGACCGGAUACUCGCAGGGUUCAAACGGUGGUCCGUCGAAUGGAAAUGCUUUUGCAUACGUUGGCACUAAUACAAAUACUGAGCAUACAACUCAAAACGUCCCCGAAGAUGCAGGCAUAUAUCAACAAUCGACUACUCCACAGAAUGGCUAUCGUCAAGCUCAAUAUCAAACUACCUAUCAACCACCCAAUCAAUCACCUAAUACUUACUCAACUCAAUAUAAUACUACUAGUACAUCUACAACUACGCCUCAUCAUUCUCAAUCGGAAUCAACCUCUGCUCUUUACGAAAAAGCUAGACAGGCUGCAGCUGCAAAGAAUAAUCCGGGACAGAAAGCUAGACCUGGACUGCCAUCUCAACGUCGUCCAUGGAGCACGGAAGAAGAAAAUGCUUUGAUGGCAGGUCUCGAUUCGGUGAAAGGUCCACAUUGGAGUCAAAUACUUGCCCUUUACGGUGACAAAGGUUCAGUCAGCACUAUUCUGCGCGAUCGGAACCAAGUUCAACUGAAAGACAAAGCGCGAAACCUCAAACUAUUUUUUCUCAAGAGUAAUAUUGAGGUUCCAUACUAUCUUCAAUGUGUGACUGGUGAACUAAAGACCAGAGCACCAACUCAAGCGGCCAGGAAGGAAGCGGAAGAAAGGGCCAGACUCGCAGGGAAUGAAGAAAGCGCAAGAUUUCAUGGUGUAUUGGCACUGGCUGCAGGUAUGCAGAAUUCGAACCACGAGAAUGGGAACGGAAGUCCUUAUCAACAAACUCCAGAGCCUAUGGAAGAUCAUAAAAGUGGAAGUAACAGCCCCGAGAUAUUGCAAGUCGAGGAAUCUGGACAUGACGAAUCACAGCAAGUUGAAAAUCAUCACCAAAAUCUGGAAGUGCAGGAAAUGAAUGUGGAGGAUAGAUUGAGACAGCAGUUGUUAGCUGCUACCAAUAUUUAA